CUGCUAUGGCCGAGAGUGAGGUUAAUAGGAUCUUUUUAUGAGUCUGAGUCUGGAUCUGGUCGAGCCCAUGGCUUUGGCUAGAUCUCAUUGAAGAAGGAGACUACAGUAACAGCUUUGUCUCGGCUUUUCUAAAAAGAGUGAAGGUUUUCAAGGAAAUGGAAGAAGUAAAUCCUUCUGGCAAUUUAGGGAUUUUGGAUACGUUAAGCGGCGAUUCGAUCCAUGAAAUUCCAGACGGUUACAAUGGAUUUUGUGCCGCCACUGUAGCUCUUCUUAAUGACGCCGGCGGUCUCUCUCUGGUACCGGAGUUUGUGUCUCAUGUGCACUCUCUUUGCAAGCAUGGCCUUGACUCUCUUGUUCGUGAUCAUUUCCUCAAGUCAUUAGAGGAAACAUUUGGGAAAAGUGGAACUUCAAAAUUUUGGCAGCAUUUCGAUGCUUAUAGCAAUGUAGCAGCUCCGGAGAAGAAUAAAACUCCUGCCUUUGACUAUGAGCUGCAACAAAUUUUGCGUACAGCUCUUGAAGAGAUAUCCUUGGUAAAACAGUAUCAGGAGAAGUGUCUGUUAGUUUUAGUUCAUGCCUUGCAGUCUUACAAGGAAUGCUUAUCUGAGGGAAAACAUAAUUUGGACACUGAAAGGUCAUACAUCUUUUCGAGGUAUCAAUUAAUGGUAUCUUCAGUUCUCAUGGCCAGUCUUCCUCAGCAUUUUCCCGAAAUGCUACACUGGUAUUUUAAGGGAAGGCUGGAGGAGCUGAGUACAAUCAUGGAUGGAGAGGUUAAUGAUGAUGGCGAUUCACAAGAUAAAGAUGACAUGGAUUUAGAUGAGAAAAGUAAACACUCUUGUAGAAAUGGUGAAAUGGAUAUUGAUGAAUGCUAUAUCCAAAGUAAAUUCACAGAAAACAACAAGUUGGUGAAGAACAUUGGGAAGGUUGUCCGAGACCUCAGAAGUCUUGGAUUUACUUCUAUGACUGAAGAUGCAUAUGCUUCUGCCAUCUUCUUGCUUCUGCAGGCUAAAGUGCAUGAUCUGGCCGGCGAUGAUUACAGGGCUUCUGUUUUGGAAUCCAUUAAAGGGUGGAUCCAGGCUGUGCCUCUUCAAUUCUUGCAUGCACUUCUUGCUUAUCUUGGUGAUUCUGUUGGCUGUGAUAGCGCUUCACCUGGCCUCAAAUCACCUUUGGCUUGUCACUCAUCAUCAUCAUCUCAUCCUGGAAUCAACACUCCUUCUGAAGGACUUAUUAGAUGGCAGUUGAGGCUAGAGUAUUUUGCUUAUGAAACAUUGCAAGAUUUGAGAAUAGCCAAAUUAUUUGAGAUUAUUGUGGACUACCCUGAGAGCUCCCCUGCAAUUGAGGACUUAAAACAGUGCCUUGAAUAUACUGGACAACACUCUAAGCUUGUGGAGUCUUUUAUUUCUGCAUUGAGAUAUCGCUUGCUCACUGCGGGUGCCUCAACCAAUGACAUACUGCAUCAAUAUGUUUCGACUAUUAAAGCACUGCGUACAAUUGAUCCUGCUGGUGUCUUUCUUGAAGCAGUUGGUGAACCUAUAAGAGAGUAUUUAAGGGGUAGGAAAGACACCAUAAAAUGCAUUGUGACUAUGCUUACUGAUGGGACUGGGGGGAACCCAAGUGGAUCUGGAAUUACUGGGGAUAGCCUUCUUGAAGAAUUAAAUAGGGAUGAGGAAAGUCAAGAAAAUGCUGGUGCUGAUGAUGAUUUCCACACUGAUGACAAGCAAGCAUGGAUGAAUGCUGUCCGCUGGGAGCCUGAUCCUGUUGAGGCUGAUCCAUCUAAGGGCAGCAGAAACCAAAGGAAGGUUGACAUACUGGGGAUGGUUGUUAGCAUAAUUGGUUCAAAAGACCAACUUGUUAAUGAAUAUCGUGUUAUGCUUGCUGAAAAACUUCUCAACAAAUCCGACUAUGACAUUGACUCGGAGAUACGUACUUUAGAACUUCUCAAGAUACAUUUUGGAGAGAGUAGUAUGCAAAGGUGUGAAAUUAUGCUAAAUGAUCUGAUUGAUUCCAAGAGAACGAACCACAACAUCAAAGCAACAAUAAAAUCAUCUCGAACAAGUCCAGAACAGCAGGAAAUGGGAGUAUCUCUGGAUAUUCUUGAUGCCACAAUUAUAUCUUCAAAUUUUUGGCCUCCAAUCCAGGACGAGGCACUUAAUGUACCUGAACCUGUUGAAAAGCUGCUUACUGAUUAUUCCAAUAGGUUUCAUGAAAUCAAGACUCCUCGGAAGUUACUUUGGAAGAAAAAUCUUGGCACAGUCAAGUUGGAGUUGCAAUUUGAAGAUAGAGCAAUGCAGUUAACAGUGGCUCCUGUACAUGCGGCAAUUAUCAUGCAAUUUCAAGAUGAAACGAGUUGGACAUCUAGUAAGCUUGCAGCUGCUAUUGGGGUACCAGUGGAUGUACUAAAUCGGAGGAUAAAUUUUUGGAUAAGCAAGGGAAUUAUUGCAGAAUCACCUGGGACAGAUGCUAAUAAUCAUGUAUUUACUCUAGUGGAAGGCAUGGUUGAUGCUAGUAAAAAUGGUGGUAACAUUGGGAAUUCUGAGGAACUGCUAGUAGGUGAUGAGGAGGGAGAGAGAUCUGUAGCCUCUGUUGAGGACCAAAUACGCAAGGAAAUGACCGUGUAUGAGAAAUUUAUAAUGGGGAUGCUCACAAAUUUCGGCAGCGUGGCAUUGGAUCGUAUACAUAACACUCUCAAGAUGUUUUGUGUAGCUGAUCCUCCUUAUGACAAGUCACUCCAGCAGCUGCAAAGCUUUCUGUCAGGUUUAGUUUCUGAAGAGAAGUUAGAACUACGAGAUGGAAUGUAUGUCUUGAAGAAGUAAUGAAUCAACAUGAUGAGAAAGCUUCUUUCUACUGCAAAACAACAAUUCUAGUCUCACUGGUACAUGUGGCUUUACAAUGGAGAUACAUCAGUAGGAGUGUUUUGUUUCAAUAAUCAGAAGUUCAGAACUCUUAGCUUGCCAUCUGGCUAUAAUGUUCUCUUCCUGUUUCGCCAAAUGAUACUGUCACACAAGGUGAAGCAAUUUUUGGAAUUGCUUUUCAUGGAUUGCAAAGUUACUGGAAAGAGGAGAGCAAGUGCCCUUCCUAAGAAUAUUGAUUGAUUUCCCAUAUUCACAAUACAAGAUGGAACUUUCUUUGCAGAAAAUUGACGUGGACCAAAUGUUCAAAAAAAAUGUAAAGGUCCAAGAACACAUCUUGGAGUUAAAAGGGAGAUUCCGAUUAGUCUCCUACAAUUUUGAAGUAUAUGUAUAUUGGUUCUUCCCAGUUCGAAGGAAUGCAUAAGAUGAUGAUUAGCUUGUCCAAUUGGUAUGAUAUUAUGUGAAUUUAAACCCUUGCUAUGAAAUUUACACUUGGAAACAAUCACAGCCAUUUAUUUGUGUAUUCUUUCUUCUACUAUAAAUGCAAAUGGGUUUUGGUGCCUGCCUUUGAUAUUUUCCAA